AGUGAAAGAAAAAAACGCAGGGGUUUAUUUUUGGGAUAUUUUUGAAAAAAAAUAAACACAUAUUUUGUUGGCGGUUGAUCGUACAGCUAUAAUGAUCGUAGUAGAGACAAAAAAUCUUGAGAGUUCGGUAUUCGAUUAAUACGUCUAAUAGCGUCUACUGGUAAAUGACGGCUGCUAAUCGUCGGUUGUUGAUCGUCAUUUGCUAGCUCGGUUGGUCACUGAAAUAGUAAUGAAAUAGAAAAGUAUCGGACGGGGCGCAUGUAGUAUUUGUAUUUUAUAUACAUACAUAUUUCAUAUCACACAAUAUUCUGUACAUAAGAACACAAUUUUUUGCAUAUAUUAAAAUGUGAAUUUUGAGUGAGAAACAGUGCAGAUAAAGCGGUUAAUAAUCGUAAAUUAAUUCAAAUAUUUCCAGCACGUCAGUUAAUUAUGAUUGUUAAGUGAAUAAUAUUAUUAUAUAGUUUAAUUAUAGCACUUCAAUUUGUAUUUUUAUUGAGAUCAAAGAAGUGCAUUCGGAAAGAAUUUUAAUAACUUGAAUAUAUUACAUCCAAAUAUUUUUCAUAGUUUGAUUAUACCAGCACACUCAUCAGAAUAUGAAUAUUUCUUAGCACACACCAUAUAUGAUAACACAUCUCCCUAUUUCCACACACGUAUGCAAACGUAUGUAGAUAGUAAUAUAAGCCGAAAUUGAAAUAGAAUUUGAAUUUUCGGCGCUUAUAUUGUACUUAAACAUUAAAAAAGAUUAAAAAAUUAAAAAAUUAAGAAAAGAACUUUUAAUAAACUUUCAAAAUUGGCAAUCAUAGAAGCAACAACCGUCGCAGUAUCAAAUUUUAAUCAAAUGGAUACCAAAACACCCACAAGUUCUUACCAUCAUCAAAGGGCGCCACGUACUCCUGAAAGUUAUUUUAAUGUACCGGAAUCAAUUUUACUUUUAAAUAUAGUGAAAUCAGAAAGAAUACAAAGUGCAUUUCAAUCAAAUCGUAAAAAUCACGCUAGCGUUUGGGAAAUGGUAGCUGAAGUUUUAAAUCGCUACAGUGCACGCAAGCGCUCUGCAAAACAAUGCUGUAAUCGUUACGAAAAUUUGAAAAAAAUUUAUACGCAAUUAAAAAAAAAUCCAGAGCGACACGUACGUCGGAAUUGGCCUUACAUGUUUCUGUUUAAAGAAAUUGAAGAACAACGUGGCGAAUGUUGGGGUUCCAAUGGCAAAAGGCUAUCACUUAUGCAGAAAAAUAAUAAGGAACUGUCAUAUUAUCGGCGACGGCAGGCAACUGACAUAGGCGAGCUUCUUAAACAUGAAGCAACAAUAGCUGUAGAGCAAAGUCUAUUGCAUAGUCUGACACAUUCAACAGAUUCAAAUAGUAAUAGUAAAUUGGAUCGUUUUUUACCAAAUCAUCUUGUUGAAACUCAAUUACACGAUGUGCCAUAUAACGAAAUGCCUUUACAAUUACAACCACCGCAAGUUAUGUGUAAAGAAAAUGAUUUGCAUAAUGGAGAAAAUUCCGUAAGGUUAAUUGCUUCAUCCUCUGCGCCAAUUAGUGGUAAUAGCUGUAAUAGUGUAACAGAAAAUGGCAGCAGUAGGAAAAACAACGCACAACUUGAAUAUGAUAAAGAUUGUAAUGGUGCAUUAAACUUGCAAACGAAUGAUAAUAGCGUUUCGAUGAAUAAAUGGUAUUUUGCCUUUGACAGAUCGGAACCACUUUCAGAAGGAGAAUUUAACCCUGAUGACAUUCAACUUAUGCAAACAAAUUAUAACGGGUCACAAAACUAUUAUCCACAAAAUAUUGAUCCAAAUAUUUUACAUCCGGAUGUCAUCGUUGAUACAGAUAAUCUUUCAGAUUGCACAAGCGUAUCUGUGAAAACGAAACGCAAAUUUUCAACUUCAACAGAUGGGGAUAGUACAAAUUAUGAAUUAAUCGAGUAUCUUAAAAGACGUGAGAAGCGUGAUGAGGAAUUAUUGAAACGUAUGGAUGCUCGCGAAGAACGUCUAUUGAGCCUGUUUGAAAGGACUGUUAUCGCCAUAGAAACUUUAGCACAAAUAAAUUUUAAUAAAAAUUGAAGUUAUUAUAUGCUACGUAAUUAAUUGGAACCAAAGAGAUUCAUAAGUUUUGACAGUUAUAUAUUAAGUAGUUAGCUUGGAACCUUAUAUAGAUAAUAAGAAAAUAAUGCCUGAAUGAUACUUAAGUUAUUUACUAAUAUAUUUUUAU